UAAAUUCUGACAAGCUACUUUCCUUGUGCAAAUGCAAGUAAUCACGCUUACUCCUUCGCGCGGGCGACCGUCCGAUAGACAGAACCAACCUUCAUAAUCUCUCCUGACAAGUUCUACUCUGCGGAAACACGAAACUCAAAAUCCGAACACAGUACUCUUUGCGUUCACGGCAAUAAGGUAGGUGACUCGGGGCAUCGGAGUUAAGCCUAAACGCCUCACCUAUCCCGGUAUGCCCCUCCGACCUCUACCGUUUGCUCCUCCCUGACUGCCGACUUUUCUCGGGAUUUGCACGCUUCGCGACUCAGUCGAAAGCUAUGAGCGUACCCCACAAUGAUGUAGCGGACCAAUUCGCAUGAAAGAUCGUCAUGCGUGCGCGUAUAAAUACUUGAGGGGCACCACGAAUACGUGCUCUAAGAAAUUCCAAUAGAAGCAUCGUCAAACUACAGACCAACCAAAACAAACUCUACCAUUUCCAGAUGUCUCUCUUCGGAGCUCCUCCUCAAGCCAAGUCGCUCCUCGAUUGGCACCGCGUGCUUUCCCCCAAUGCCGGCGUCCGCGUCUCGCCGCUAUGCCUCGGAGCCAUGAACUUUGGCGAUGCGUGGGAGCAGGGAAUGGGAAAGUGCGACAAGAAGACUACCUUUGAGAUUCUGGAUUUCUUCCACGAGCAAGGCGGGAAUUUUAUCGACACAGCAAACAACUAUCAAAACGAAGAAUCCGAGACCUGGCUUGGCGAAUGGAUGAAAGAGCGCAAUGUCCGCCACGAAAUUGUACUUGCCACAAAGUUCACAACCACCUUCCCCGAUCCCACAAAGUCGACGCCCCGCCAGCGCAUCAAUUUCGCGGGUAACAGCACAAAGAGUCUCCAUGUCUCCCUUGAGGCGAGUCUUAAGAAGCUUCAGACUGAUUACAUAGAUCUGCUGUAUGUGCAUUGGUGGGAUUUCACGACUAGCAUACCGGAGCUGAUGCAGAGCCUCAACCACAUGGUACAGCGCGGGAAGGUGCUAUAUCUGGGUGUGAGCGAUACGCCGGCCUGGGUUGUGAGCAAGGCCAAUCAAUACGCCCGCGACCACGGCCUCCGACCAUUCAGCGUCUACCAGGGGCGCUGGUCGGCCGCAGAACGCGACUUCGAGCGCGAAAUCAUCCCCAUGGCGCGCGAAGAAGGCAUGGCGCUGUGCCCGUGGGGCGCCCUCGGCGGCGGCAACUUUACGGUGCAGGACAAAGAAAAGGCUGGCGAGCAAGGCCGGAACUUCCGCCCGCAGACCGAAAACCAGAAGCGCGUCUCCGAGAAGCUUGCCACGGUUGCCAAGGCAAAGAACACGCUCAUUACGAGCGUCGCGCUGGCGUAUGUGAUGCACAAGACGCCGUACGUGGUGCCGAUUGUGGGCGGUAGGAAGGUGGACCAUCUCAAGGGAAAUAUCGAGGCGUUAGGACUACAGUUGAGCGAGGAGGAGAUUGAUGAUAUUGACUCGGCGAUUGACUUCGAUGUUGGGUUCCCGAUGAGCUUCUUGUUUGAGUUUGGUGGAGCGAAGUACAAGACCAGUAUGGGCCCGAGCGACGUUGGGUUGCUCAAGUUUGCUGGACCGCUGGACAACCACCCUCACCCGCAGCCGGUGAAGCCGCAUGGCCUAUAAGUGGAAGAGAGAAUCUAAGCUGGAGGAUGAAGAAGAUUGAGGAUCCGUCGAUGUCAAGCCUUAAAGCCGUGUUCAGCAAGUUUGAUGGAUUGGCUCGAGAGAAUUUAGCUCGCUAUCUACAUAGGGUA